AUGACCGUCACCAAAGCCUCCACCUGCUGCGCCAAGGACGGUGCUGAAUGUGCCUGUGCCCAGAAGGCUACCUGCUCUUGUGGCAAGCAGUCCGCCCUCCACUGCACCUGCGACAAAGCUUCAUCCGAGAAUCAAGUUGUUGGACCUCGAUGCUCUUGCCGAGCCCGACCUGCCGGUGACUGCACAUGCGACCGUGCCACUACCGAGAACGCUACGAUCUCUGGCUCGACGUGUGCUUGCGGUUCAAGACCUGCCAAUGGAUGUACUUGCGAAAAAGCCAAUGAUGGCGGUUUCAACCCAGCGUUGGAAAUUGACUUUACUACUCGAAAGUAA